AUGAAAUCGAAAUCUGCCUUUAUUAUGACUGUAAACGUGGGCACGUGGGCCUCGAGUGUUAUUCCUGACGUCCCUACUGGUGGUUUAUUUAAUGACGAACAUAUUCACUCCUUGGAAAGUUUUGUUAAUGAAGUUUCAUCCGAUUGGUGUUGUCAUUUGGUAGAGGGCAAUACGUUAGCAAUAUUUCUACCUUUUGAUCAGCGUACAUGGAACUUAUCAAAAGGUGCAUUUGUUUCGUUAUUAGAAUUUUGUGAAGACAAUUUACCAGUGAAACGUAUUUUACUCUGCCUAAACAAAACCAGCGUCGAUGAAACGGUCGCAUCUUGCUUCAAGUAUCUGGGCUUCAAUCCUCUUCAUCCUCAUUCUUAUCCCUCUUGUAUUGACCCUCAAGGAGUAUUUGCAAUGGUUUACAAUAUAUAA